GUGGGCGUUUCCGCAUGCCCCUGCGAGCGCACGCACGAGCCGAGCGCGGCGCGGAGAGAGACGCGACGCGACGCAUCCGAGACCCUCCUCGAUAUCCCGCCGGAAAGUUGCCCGCUCUGCCGCCGGGAUGCCGUACAUCCUCAUCAGCACGCAGAUCAGACUGGAGACGGGGCCCACGAUGGUCGGAGACGAAUAUUCAGAUCCAUCCAUCAUGAACUACCUCGGAGCCCGGAAAACAACCAUGCUGGGAAACAACUUCUCAGAGUAUCACGUGGACGAGCCGCCGAGGCUGGUCCUGGACAAGCUGGAUAAGAUGGGCUUCAGAGUGGUCAGCAUGACGGGGGUCGGUCAGACGCUGGUCUGGUGUCUCCACAAAGAGCCCGGGGAGGCGCUGUGAGGCUGUGGCUCUGCAGGUCAAACAGGAGGAGCAUCCUAGACACGCUUUCUCUCAUCUGCGGGUUAUGUGACACUUUCAUACAUCAGGGAAGGAGGUUUAGUGAUUAAUUAGGAGUGAAGUUGCUCUGGAUCUGUGGGGUGACAGCGGGUGAAGACGGCCCGCGGCGGGACUCUUCUUCAGGACGCCGUCUGUAAUCGUGUUUCCUGUGCUCUAAUGUGAACGGGACUCUGUGUGCUCUGCUUCUUUCCAGGAACAUGAAAGAAAAGCCCACAGAAGUAAACAGAACCAUGUGACGGCCCGCGAGGAGAGGAUGAUGGGGGACGUCUUCUGAGAAAAGAGACUCAGCGGUUUGAUGACGGGAAGAGAAACGUGCCACACGCCGUCCAAUCAGAGCAGAGCAGUGAGGAACGUGCUCAAAACACACAUACAGCAAAGACAUGGGAUCGGUCCUUUCAGAGAAAUCUGCUCACUUACUCUUUCAGGCCUGUCGAGACUACCUGAAGACCUGCUGCCGUUCACUUUAGUCUCAAAGAAAGAAAGCAUCCCACCUGCUGGGAUUGAUGAAGACUGAGCCAAUCAGACGAGCAGUAGAAGUCAUGUGACUGAUGACUCUCAAAGCCACAGGAUUGGCUGAUGAUGCCACAAGAAACAUAUAUAU